AUGUCUGUCAUUCAUACUGUCCACGCAUGGGCCUCAUACCUGACCAAGAGCCUUCAAUCCAUAUACCCGCAAUUCUUCUUUGCUGAUAUCACCCUCAAGGACCAGUACAACCAGUUCACAAAUUCGCACGGGAAUGCUUCUACACCCGUUGUUUCCAUUGUCGGGACAGGUUCUUACUACCCCCAUAACACAAAAACCCCCGAGUGUCUUGAGGAGAUCAUCUCUACAUACUACGACAUAGAUCCAAUUUUGAAAAAGACUUGGGAAAUCAACAAAAGAUCCAGAAUACAACAACGCCACUUCGCUAUCCCAGACGAUGACCCUUACUGGAAAGACGAAAAACUACCGAGCAUUGCAGACUGUGAUGCAAUUUUCAAGCAAUACGGAGUCUCAUUGGCCGAGGAAGCAGCAAGAAAGGCACUAGGAGACUGGGGUGGCUCGUACGAGGACAUCACCCACAUUAUUGCGGUCACAUGCACCAAUACGGCAAAUCCUGGUUUCGACUUUAUACUAAGCGAGAGACUCGGUCUACACAAAAAUGUGAAACGUACUCUGCUUCAUGGAGUGGGCUGCGCAGGUGGUGUUGCUGCCCUGCGCACGGCGAAUGAGCUUCUUCUCGGGGCAGCAGCCCUUGGGAAGACGGGAAAAGCGCUAGUCGUUGCAUGCGAGCUCGUAUCAAUCUUCUGCCGUGCGGAAUUAGCGGCGAUUGUCAGAGAUCAGCAGGUGAAUAUUGGCGUUACGCUUUUCGGCGAUGGCGCUGGUGCGUUAGUUCUGAGCAAUGGAAUCGGUACUCAAAGUUCUGAAAAAGCGCCUCUCUGGAACAUACUCAACGCUCGGUCUACUAUUCUGAAGGAUUCGGCGAAUUGCCUUGAGUUUAAUGUCCAUCAACAUGGGUAUCACGCGGUGAUUUCAAAGGACGUCCCUCAACAUGUUUCUGCGUCACUUCCUGCCGGCUUCCAAGAUCUGAUUUCCACAACUCCUUGGCUCUGUUUAUCCAAGGCCAAUUUUGAGGCGUCUAGCUAUGAUUGGGCCUUGCAUCCUGGGGGUUACGACAUCCUUCUUCGGGCCCAAAACGUGCUGAACAUAUCGGAGCACCAUCUACGGAAGAGCUACGAUGUAUAUAAAACGCAUGGAAAUACUAGCUCUGCUACCAUUCUGAGCAUCAUCCACGAGCUGGCAAUUGAGGAAGGUUCUGCCAGAACUGGACGCGAUAAAGUUGUUGUCGGCGCGUUUGGGCCGGGUAUGACGAUGGAAAUGGCCGUCAUGACUAGGGUCACCCAACAAUAA